CUGCUUGUUGUUAAGCCGCCGCCUCGGUGCAUUCUGGGACACGGCAUGAACCACAAUGGCGGUUCAUCAACAAGCAGUUCACGGUCUCACACUGACAUGUUUGCUUUCAGCACUUCUGCUCCAGACUUGUCGGACUUUUGCCGGAGAGCCGCAGUGGGAUGAGAAUGGCUACGUGUUGUACUGCCCUUGCAUGGGUCGCUUUGGAAACCAGGCAGACCACUUCCUGGGAUCUCUGGCCUUUGCAAAGAUGUUGAACCGAACCCUGGCAGUCCCUCCCUGGAUAGUGUACCGCCACCACACGCCCCCCUACACCAAUGUCCAUGUUCCCUACAGUGAGUUCUUCCAGCUGGAGGCCUUGUCUGCCUAUCACCGUGUGAUCAGCCUGGAGGACUUCAUGGAGAAACUGGCCCCUCAACACUGGCUCCCAGGGCAGAGGAACGCCUACUGCUUUGAGACUGCUGCACAGCGGAGUGCAGACAAGAAAUCCUGCCCCAUGAAGGACGGGAACCCAUUUGGUCCAUUCUGGGACUACGCCGGAGUGGAAUUUGACAGAUCUGUGUUGUUUGGUGGGAUUUCUUUCAGUGCCUACCACCAACCUCACUGGAUGAAGAAGUUCCCUCCCUCUGAACACCCAGUCCUGGCGCUGCCCGGGGCUCCGGCCCAGUUCCCCGUGGUAGAGGAGCACGUGGGCCUGCAGCGGUACAUGGUUUGGUCAGACAAGAUGGUGAAGGAAGGAGAGGAGCACAUAUCUACCCUGCUGACCAGACCGUAUGUUGGCAUUCACCUGAGGAUUGGCAUUGACUGGCAAAAUGCCUGCAAGCUGCUGAAGAGCGGCGACGCCGGUCCUCACUUCAUGGCCUCCCCUCAGUGUGUCGGCUACAACCGGCAGACGGCUCUUCCCCUCACCAUGACCAUGUGCCUUCCUGACCUGGCGGAGAUCCGCAGGGCUGUGAAGCUGUGGGUGAAGAAGACCUCCGCCCGCUCCGUUUACAUCGCCACCGACUCCGAUUCCCACAGCAGAGAUAUUGAAAAGCUCUUCAAGGGGAAGGUUAAAGUGGUGACUCUGCAGCCGGACUCGGCUCAGAUGGAUCUGUACAUCUUGGGCCAAGCUGACCACUUUAUCGGCAACUGCGUCUCCUCCUUUUCGGCCUUUGUAAAGAGACAGCGAGAUGUCCGCGGCCUCCCGUCCUCCUUCUUCGGCAUGGACAAACCAGGAAAACCAAAUCACAAGGAGGAACUCUGAGUGUCAUGUGGUCGGCCUCAGGACACUAAUGCUGAAAGACUGCCAUCAGGAAGGGAGGGAGGGCGUGCUGAAAUGUGACGCAUUGGUUUCAAAACUUGCAGAACUGAAAGCACAGGGGGGAUCUGGUUUUAAAGUGGCUUUUAAUGAGUGAGAACGGAGGACGAUGGGAUGUAGCAUGUGAGUGUCAUGACAUUGAGAAUGCUGCUGCCAAGAAACACUAUUUUUGUCUGUUUCCUGCUUGAAAACACACUAUCUGUAUGUCCCUUCUUAAAUUAUAGUUUUUGCUCACCAGUUUUCCCUUCCAUCGGAGAAGCACACCACUUCCCCAGCGUUUCCGUUACACGCUGCCUCAUUCUGUGGUCGCAGCCAUGCCUUGCAGCCCAGACAUGUUGGCAGAACCUCAUGUUACCUCAGCGAACCCUGUAGAAGACCGAUUGCACUGUCAGCGAUGUGUUCUCUCUCUCGCUCUUUUCCCACCUUUCCUUUAGUCGCCCUCCAUUCCUUUGAGAGCACAGUAACUGAUCCUCCUCUACACACUAAAUAUAGACAGGAGACGUCUCGCCCCUCGCUUUCCUAGGACCAAAUACUUUGAUAAAAAUGUGUGAAACUUUGUACUGACAGUAUUGUUAUUGGGAGAAUGUGAACAAAAGUGUCACCGGUGUUUCAAGGAGUUUUCAUUUGCACUGGUUGGGUGUAUGUUGAGAAUGCGAUGAUGCAGAAGUUUUUCUACAGUGUUUUUCAUCAAUAAAGUGGUGUGAACUAGUUUAUUUUCCAAGAA